AUGAAGGUUUUGGCUGUUCUCUACGAUGGCGGCAAGGCUGCUCAGGAGGAACCUCGUUUGUUGGGCACCACCGAGAACAAGCUCGGGAUCGCCGACUGGCUCAAGGAGCGUGGCCAUGAAUUGAUCGUCACCAGCGACAAGGAAGGCCCCGACAGCGUCUUCCAAAAGGAACUUCCCGAGGCCGAGAACAAGGCACACAAGCUCAAGCUCUGCAUCACCGCCGGUGUCGGAUCCGACCACGUCGAUCUCAAUGCCGCCAACGAGAAAAAGAUCACCGUCGCCGAGGUCUCGGGAUCCAACGUCGUUUCGGUCGCGGAGCAUGUUAUCAUGGACAUUCUCCUCCUCGUCCGCAACUUUGUUCCUGCCCACGAGAUGAUCGAGCGCGGAGACUGGGACGUCAGCCAGAUUGCUCGUAACGCAUAUGAUUUGGAGGGUAAAGUCGUUGGUACUAUCGGUGCUGGCCGUAUCGGCUACCGAGUUCUUCAACGCCUCCUUCCAUUCGACUGCAAGGAGCUCUUGUACUUUGACUACAAUGCGCUCCCAGAAGAUGCCGCCAAGGCCGUCGGUGCCCGCCGUGUCGAGGAUAUCAAGGAAUUUGUCGCCCAAUGCGAUAUCGUCACUGUCAACGCUCCUUUGCACGAAGGAACUCGCGGUCUCAUCAACGCCGAUCUCCUCAAGCACUUCAAGAAGGGCGCAUGGAUCGUCAACACGGCUCGCGGUGCGAUCGUCGACAGGAACGAUAUCGCCGCCGCCCUCGCGAGCGGCCACAUCAACGGUUAUGCCGGUGAUGUCUGGGACGUCCAGCCUUCUCCCAAGGAUCACCCUUGGCGCACGAUGAAGAACGUGCUUGGAGGUGGUAACGGUAUGGUCCCGCACUACUCGGGUACUACCCUCGAUGCGCAGUUGCGCUACGCCCAGGGCGCCAAGUCGAUCCUUGAGAACUACUUGGAGAACAAGCCCCAGGACCCAGGUAACUUGAUUGUGGAGAACGGCCAGUAUGCCACCAGGAACUACGGUCAACGCAAGUAA